AAAUACUCCUAAUCUUAAACAUUUUUUCAUAUCUCUUCUCCAAUUCUUCCUAAAUCCUAUUCUUAACUCUCUACUCUCUAAUUCUCUUAUUCUUCAUUCUCCAAUAUAUUAUAUUUAUUAUUUAUAGUUUAUAACUUUAUAUUAAUUAUCUACUUAUAUAAACUAUAAAUAGAUAUAAAUAGUAUUAUAUUACUUAUAUUUGUUAUCUAAUUAUAUAUUACUUAUAUAUUUAUUAUAUCUAUUAAUAUAGUUGGAAUUAUAUCUAAUUAAUUUGAAGCCAUUCUAUUACUCCCAUCCGAAAGACCGAAAGUCCGAAAGAGGUACGAAAUUAUUCUAUUAUUUACACUUGUUUAAUUUUGUAUUAACGUUACUUGAAAAAAAAACUAGUUAAUUAGGUUGUACAAUUUGCUACAACUCGAAUUAAUAGUUAGAUUAAUAUAUUCUACAAAGUUCUAGUAUUUACAUUUGACUCUAGUUUAAAAAGCUAGUUGUAAUUCUAAUUAUAGUUAAAGUUAAAGUGUAUUAAUUUCAUUGUUAGUAAAAAAAAUAUAUUGUACACAAAACUAGUUAAUUCACUAGUUAAUUUGCUAUAACUCGAAUUAAUAGUUAGAUAAAUAGUUAAUUACUUUUUUACAAUUUUUUAUUAAUUGCUACAUUUGACUCUAGUUUAAAAAAAUAUGUUGUACACAAAACUAGUUAAUUCACUAGUUAAUUUGCUAUAACUCGAAUUAAUAGUUAGAUAAAUAGUUAAUUACUUUUUUACAAUUUUUUAUUAAUUGCUACAUUUGACUCUAGUUUAAAAAAAUAUGUUGUACACAAAACUAGUUAAUUCACUAGUUAAUUUGCUAUAACUCGAAUUAAUAGUUAGAUAAAUAGUUAAUUACUUUUUUACAAUUUUUUAUUAAUUGCUACAUUUGACUCUAGUUUAAAAAAAUAUGUUGUACACAAAACUAGUUAAUUCACUAGUUAAUUUGCUUUUCCUAAAGAUUUGAUAGAAAGAGGUGAGAGAUAUGUGGCUUUUCCUAAAGAUUUGUCUAUUCGUUAGAAUAUUACCUAUAAGUUAAUUGGAGUUCUUCUUAGAUAUAAACAACAUUUUCUUGCUUUUAUGAAAUAAUAUGAUAACUAUAUUAUAAACUCGGCUGAGAUCGACACCUGUGAAAAAAUUUGUAAUGUUUUGAUAUAUUUUAAUAAUGCAACUGAAACUUUUAGUCAUGUUUAUAAACCUACCUCAAACCAAUUUAUUCGUGAAGCUGUUAAUCUCGCCGGUGCUUUUUCAAAUUUUGAGAAUGCUGAUUAUGUGAGUUAUUUUGCUAGUUUUAUGAAGGAAAAGUUUUUAAAAUAUUAUUCACAUAUUCCGCAUAUUUAUGGUAUUGCAUUUGUUCUCGAUCCUCGUUUUAGACUUGGUUCUUUAGAAGAAUGUUUGAAUUAUUAUUAUGCUGCUUUUUUGGUCCAUUGCUAAUGUAUGAGGAUAACCCAAUUGAUCCGAAAAAAGAAUACAACGAGGUUAGUGAUAUAUUUUAUGCAUUAUUCAAUGAGUUUCAUGCACAAUUUGGCAAUGCGCCCCCUCCCCCGACACAAACAUCAUCUAAAGGAAAAUCAAUUUUCAAAUGUACGUUUGCCGAUCUUAUUAAAAAAACGAAAUCAACUUCCGCUACACAACAAAGCACAAUUAAUGAGAUUUUUUUGUAUUUAACUAAUGAUGUUGAUUUUGAAGAAGAUGAUGAUUUUGACGUACUAAACUGGUGGAAGGGAAAAGAAAGAAUGUUCCCGGUUUUAGCAAAGAUGACUAAGCAAUUGCUAUCAAUGCCGGUUUCAACGGUUGUUGUGGAACAAGAAUUUAGUUCGGCCGGCAAUGUCCUAACACAAACCAGAACGAGGUUGAGCGCUGAAUCUCUUGAGAUGCUUAUAUGCUACCACGAUUGGUUGAAAGUAGCUCGUAGAGCUCAAGAAAUUGACAUCACCCCAUCCCAACACUUUAUGGAUGAAUCUACAACCGAGGGUAGCUCUACCUAUGCCGGAGAUUCCGAUUGAAAUAUUGAAUGAUUGAUUAGUAUUUCACGUUUUAAAAACAAUUAUAGUUCCUAUUUAAUUUUCAAAUGUAGUUCCUAUUUCAUUUCAAAUAAAUGCACUUGAAGUUUGUUUUUUAAUACUUGUAUAAAACUAUAAAGUAUAAAAUAUAAAUUAAA